AUGGUAGACGGCACCGCGGCCAACGAUGAAGACGACUCUGAAGACGACUACGAUGCUGUGUAUUCUGCCGUAUACAGCAUUUUCACCAACCUUCAACACGCCGCCAUCACGAACCCCCAGUACCAAGCGCCCAUCAUCACUCUUCUUCACGCUAUAAAGCGCCUCCCCACACAAACAGUAUGCAAGACACUACGCAUUGCAAAUGUCCAUGCACCCACACUGCGCAAACACGCAGACCCCGGCCCCGAAGCCAUUAAAUGGGCAGAACUCCCAAACUUCAGCGGGCAGAUCCUUGACCGAUACGAGUACGCCAAACUCCAAUUCGACAAAUCCCCGUCCGACCAUGCCGCGGAGUGGGCCAGCAUCAAUGCGUGGAUUGCGCGCCUCGUGGCCACAGAUCUGAAAGGUCCCAAGGAUAUGGACUACUUCAUGCACCGUGCGAGCUAUAAUUUCCUGUACGUGCUAGAUAUCCGCGGGCACCCGAGUUCUACGGCAGCAGUGCCGGCGGCGGCAAACCUGUUUCGGUUUGCGGGGCCUGUGGUGUGGAGGUUGUGUCAGGAUGAGACGCCGUGUUCGGGUCCGCUGAUAGGGAUCUAUUCUGAAAAGGAGGUGGAGAGAGUGAGGGUGGGUGGAGAAGUGGUAUUUAAGGGGCUGGGUUACUCGAUGGAGAGGUGGGGGUGGUGGAAGGAGCGAUGGGGGCAGUUGGCUAGUGAUGAUGGUCUUGGGGAGGAUGGAAAGGCGCACGCGAGAGAGGCGCUGGAGGCUAUGCGGGAGGCGGAGAGUAGCUCUUAAAAGGUC